AUGGUGGGGGUUCCACGGCCGGGAGGAGGACGCGCGGAGCAUGUGAACGCGGCGGAUGGACUUUGGGAUUUAUUGCGAACCAAGGGAAAGAUGACCGUGUUCUCGCUGUGCUUGCUCCUGUGCGCGGAUCUGAUGGAUUUCGCCGUCGGAUAUUUGACAGUUACCAUCGAACCGCUGCCGCCUGUUGUCGUGGGAGAGACCGUCACACUCAAGUGUAACUUCAAGACUGACGGACGGCUUCGAGAGAUCGUCUGGUACCGGGUCACCGAUGGAGGGACCAUCAAGCAGAAGAUCUUCACCUAUGACGCUAUGUUUAAUACUAAUUACUCUCACAUGGAGGAUUACCGCCGACGCGAGGACCUGGUGUACCAAUCCACUGUCAGGCUCCCGGAGGUGCGGAUCUCGGACAACGGGCCGUACGAGUGCCACGUGGGCAUCUACGACCGUGCGACGAGGGAGAAGGUCGUCCUGGCUUCAGGGAAUGUUUUUCUUACUGUUAUGUCGCCUCCGAACAACAUCUCAGUGGUGGCAGAGAAUUCUCCGGCCCCCUUCAGUCGAUACCAAGCCCAGAACUUCACCCUGGUCUGCACUGCGAAGGGGGGGAAGCCGGCCCCAUCGGUCUACUUCAAGCGGGACGGCGAGCUGAUCGAGGUCAUCUCCUACACGCUGCCCUCCUCCAGCGAGCAGGGCGGCGGCUCGGCGGGGGUGCGAGGCGCCCGGCCCCUCAUCAGCAGGGACCUGGACGACACCAAGCUGCAGCGCUCCCUCUCCCUCCUGGACCCGGAGGGGCGAGCGGCCCGCCUCUACACGGAGAUCCCCCAGCGGGUGCACACCCAGGGCCAGCAGGCCUCCGAGCCCAGCCCGGCCACCGAGGUCAUCCCGGAGACGGUGGUGAGCCGGGAGUUCCCGCGCUGGGUUCACAGCACCGACCCGCUCUACUACUUCAGCCACACGCACAUCCCGCAGAGCGACGGCUCGGUGGUGGUGCAGGCCCGGCUCACCUGGACCCUCAACCCUCAGCUGGACAACGACGCCCUGUUCAGCUGCGAGGUCAAGCACCCGGCGCUGUCCAUGCCCAUGCAGACAGAGGUCACCCUGGCCGCUCCUAAGGGCCCGAAACUCUUGAUGUCCCCCACUCGGGCAAAGGUGGGGGACACGGUGCGCAUCACCGUCCAAGGAUUCCAGAACGAGGUGUUCCCGGAGCCGCUGCUCACCUGGACGCGGGUGGGGGGGCGCCUGCUGGACGGCAGCACCGAGCGCGAGGGGAGGGAGCUGAUUCUGGAGCGAGUGCCGGCCGAGCUCAACGGCUCCAUGUACCGCUGCACGGCCCAGAAUCCUCUGGGCUCCACGGACACGCACACUCGCCUCAUAGUCUUUGAAAAUCCGAGCAUGAUGAAAAACACACAGAACCAGAACAGUGAGUAUAUCCAGCUUUGUGUUCUCAUCGCGAUUCAUCUCACGACUCCCGCUAUAGUCGGCGCCACGGCGUCUCAGUCACGAUUCAUCUUCUCCGACGUUGAGGAGCACGAGAGUCGAGUUUCUCCCGGUGACUAA